AUGUGCGUGACCAGCAUCUUCGUGGAGAGGUCCCGUUUUGCUGUGUGCAUUCGCGGGGGAUCGCAGGAACGCGACGGCCAUCAGGCAGCGGGCUCUGCGCUGAGCAAGCUGCGAGGCACCUGGCUCUACGUGCUGUGCAUCGAGUACGUCGGCCUUACCGAGGCAGGAGCCAGCCUCGCAGGCCACCAGGUGGAGUGCCGCUGGUACAACGGCGACGACAUGGUGGAAGUGGUGUUCGAGGUGCCGCGCGAGGUGGAACGCCACGAACUCAACCAGUUGCGGCGCAAGGUCAAGAAGCUCGAAGUUGGCUCGCAGUCCCCAGGCUGUGGCGUCGGCGCUGGCGCAACAGGGCCAGAGGCAGCGGCACAGCCUGCUGCACCUGCGGCCAGCCUCAGCGAAGCCGAGCGCGCCAACUCCUUCCUGGCAACAGGAUGCGCAGAGAGUUGGGAGGAGCAGGCGUCGGAGAUCUGCCGAUUGGCGCACCAGGAGGAUUUGAACGGGAUCAUCCGCAAGUGGCAGGGCGAGAUCCCGGGAUUCCACUGCGCGGGCAGCUACGAGGACAUCGCGCGCAAGGGCGUGAACUUCCUGGCGAGCGUGAAUGGGCGGACGGCGAGGCUGUCCGCGAAGGACCUCCAGAAGGGUCUGAAGGAGGUGCUCGGGGAGGCGGACCCCGCGCCCUCGGCGUGGGCAAAAAUGACGUUGGAGACGCUGUCGUGGCGCAACAAGAGGAUCGGCAACAAGCUUCGCGGCAGCCCAGGGGCGGCGUCGGCCGCCUCGGGCGGCGCCGCGCCCAGCGCAGCGGACCAGGGCUCGGCGAUCCUGGCCCUACAUGGCGCGAGGGCCCCCCCGCGGGAGCGCAUGGGCGACGAGGGGGCGCGCGUCGCCCCGUCGCAGGGGACCGUGGCCAGCAGCCCGCCGAGCACGAGGAAGGCGCAAAAGGGGGCGAGCUAUCAGGCCGAGAAGACGGCGACCUUCAAGGAGGACGAAGACUGGGUGGAUUACAACACGAUGGAACUCGCGAGGGCUCGGCACUGCCCCGAGGCGUGGCUCGGGCUCAAGGAAGAGCGGUUCCGUCUUCGCCAGGGCGCCAAGGGCUUCGCCGUGAUCACCGUCGGCGGUGAGGCGGUCGAGACGCUCGUGGCGAACGCCGCCCUGCAGGCCGCGGAGCAGGGGGGCCGAGGGAAGGCAGUCAAGCCGCAGCAGGCCCACCCGAAGGGCGGGGCGAAGAAGCGGCCAGCGGCAGCGCCGAAGAGGCCGGCGGCAGCGAACGAGGAGGAGGACGAGGAGGAGGACGAGGACGAGGCCAAGGGGGCCCGCGCCCGCGACGACAGCGAGGACGGCGAACUGGAGAGCAGCCAGGAGACGAACGAGUCCGACCUGGAGGGCGCCGCGGGCGGCUCGAGCAAGCGGAGGCCGGCUGCGGCCGUCAGGAAGCCCGCCGCGGCCGAGGAGAAGCAUGCCGCGGCCGACAGGAGCCCCAGCUUGGAGGUGCACAAGCCGCGCAGCCAGGUGCGCCAGUGGACAGCGGGUGACUACUCCGAGGCGCAGAUGCGGGAGAUGGCAGCGGACAUGGUCAGCAAGCUGUGCACGCGUGAGAUCACGGAAGCGACCGUGAAAGCGCGAGGCGAGGAGCUCCUGCGCGACAAGUUCGGAGUGGCGGAGGCGGUGGCGAUGCUGCGCCUCCAGCCGACGAGGCGCCCUCGCGGCGGCGGCGGUGGUGGGCCGCCUGGCAAGGAUCCGUUCAAGGACACGCUCCGCGACGGAUUGCCAGGCGGCGGCGAAGAGGCGGAGGAGGAGGAGGAGGAGGACGACGACGACGGCUGCAUGGUCGUCUAUGAGGGCGAGCCCGAGGAGGAGCUGAUGUGGCUGCCCGAGGAGAUGGGAAAACGCGCGGCGCGCGGGUGGGUCAAAGCCCGUGGCGGGCAGCGCUGCACGCGCUGCCAGCAGGACAAGUUCGUGCACGCGUGCCUCAGCCACUCGUGCCAGAAGCGCAACCAGGCCACCCGCAACCAGCACAUGGCCAUCGUGGUGCGGCCGAAGGCGCGGAACCGCAUGUCCAAGGGGGCGCGGCAGCGCGAGUUCCUGGGGUUCAUGGCCAAGAAGCGCGCCCUGGAGGCGUCGCUGGCCGCGGACAUGCAGGAGGCGGAUGAUGCGCUGCGGCGGACGCGGCAGAAGCGGGCGGGGUGA